GAGGAGGACUCGCAAGCCGAGACCAAAUCCCUGAGUUUCAGCUCGGAUUCUGAAGGUAAUUUUGAAACUCCUGGAGCUGAAACUCCAAUCAGAUCGCCUCUCAAGGAGUCUUGUGAUUCAUCCCUAGGAUUGGCAGAACCCGAGGCCAAAAACCAAGAAUCACAAGAAGCUGAUGAACAGUUUGUAGCAGAAGUGAUUGAAAAAUGUUCAUCUGAUACAUGUUCUAGAUUUUCAGAAAAUGAAGCAUCACAGGCGACUACUGAUUCUCAUUCAGUCAAGGAUGUCAGAGGAGAAACCCAACAUGAUGUUAGUAAGAUCUUAGUAGUGAGGCCAUUUUCAAUAGAAACCAGGAGUUCUACAGAUGACCCAGCUGCUCUUGGAACAAAAGCAGCUCAUGGCUGUGAACCUGCACACUCAGGCAAGGCUUUGCCCUCUGCUGCAUCAGAAGCUACUCAGGACAAGCCAGUGACAGAAGGAGGCAUGGCGGUUACAUUUGAGGCCUUUACAGAGGCUGGUCUGAAGACCAGAGAGCCUGUGGCCAGCAGAAGCAAGCUAAGAAAACCCAAGCCUGUCUCCCUGAGGAAGAAGACAGCUGGAGGCGAUGCCUCUGAAACUGAAAUGAUCAUGGAAGGUUUGCCUUUCCCUAAGGCUUCCUCCCUGUCAGUUCCUGAUGAAGUGGCUAAGAACACAUAUCCUAGCGUGCUGAGAGGUACCAGGGCCCAGAAAUCUUCCCUUAACCUGAAAGAAGCUGCAGAAGCUCUCAGUAAUGGCACUAGUGGCUCAGGGUGUGAGCUGCAGGAGGAGUCCAGGAACUCGUCUGUCAAACUUGAGUAUGAUUUUACAGAAGAUGGGGAACAUGUCGAGGCCAAGAAUGACCUUCCAAGGAAACCUACUAACAAACUGAUGCCGAACAUACGGAAAGAUGGCAUCAGUCAGCCAGUAGAUGUCGAACAGCCUGCAGACCCAAGAGUCCAAGAUGCCUCACUCUCCCAAACAUCUCCUAAGCUAGAUCCUAGUAGAUGGGAUCACCCCAACUUUAAUUCCUCUGGGAACUGCCCCAUUCUGCAGAGCUCCCCACCCCUCUCCUCCAAAGGCUCCUACCACUUUGACCCAGAUAACUUCGAUGAGUCUAUGGACCCCUUUAAGCCAACCACAGCUCUGACAAGCAGCAGCUUUUGUUCCACCACUGGUAAUCAUGUUAAUGAAAUCUUAGAGUCACCCAAGAAGGCAAAGUCGCGUUUAAUAACGAGUGGCUGCAAGGUGAAGAAAUACGAAACUCAGUCUCUCGAUUUGGAUACAUGUCCUCAGGACGAAGGAGCCGUGAUCUCACAGAUCUCAGACAUUUCUAAUAGGGACGGCCACGCUACUGAUGAGGAGAAACUGGCGUCCACAUCCUGCAGUCAGAAAUCAGCUGGGGCAGAGGUGAAAGGCACAGAGAAGGAGACAUGCCAGAAGACAGAGAAAGAGGAGUCAGCUGGGCAUGGACCACUGGAAUCCUCUUCGGAAAAGGCUCCAGUGUCUGUGGCCUGUGGGGGUGAGAGCCCCCUGGAUGGGAUCUGCCUCAGUGAAGCAGACAAGACUGCUGUGCUCACUUUGAUCAGAGAGGAGAUAAUCACUAAAGAGAUUGAAGCAAACGAAUGGAAGAAAAAAUACGAAGAGACCCGAGAAGAAGUCUUGGAGAUGAGGAAAAUUGUGACCGAAUAUGAAAAUACCAUUGCUCAAAUGAUUGAAGACGAACAGAGGACAAGCAUGACCUCUCAGAAGAGUUUCCAGCAGCUGACGAUGGAGAAGGAGCAGGCCUUGGCUGACCUCAACUCUGUGGAAAGGUCCCUUUCUGAUCUCUUCAGGAGAUACGAAAACCUGAAAGGCGUGCUAGAAGGGUUCAAGAAGAAUGAAGAAGCCUUGAAAAAAUGUGCUCAGGAUUACUUAGCUAGAGUUAAGCAAGAAGAGCAGCGAUACCAGGCCCUGAAGAUUCAUGCAGAGGAAAAGCUGGACAGAGCCAACGAAGAGAUUGCUCAGGUUCGCUCAAAGGCAAAGGCCGAGAGUGCUGCUCUCCAUGCUGGACUCCGGAAGGAGCAGAUGAAGGUGGAGUCCCUGGAAAGGGCCCUUCAGCAGAAGAAUCAAGAAAUUGAAGAACUGACAAAAAUCUGUGACGAGCUGAUCGCAAAGCUGGGAAAGACCGACUGAGGUUCCUCCCGUGAGCUAUGCAGGUCUGAGUCUGGCUGCUUGUGUCCUGACCACAGAUAUCUUGCCUUAUCCAGAAAUAAUCCCCCCUUUGCAGAGAAAAAUAACUUUUAAAAAAAGCACAUGCCUGCUGUUGCCUGUCCGCUUCACUGCCGCAGCUGGAGCCUGGCCGGUGGGGAGGAGUGAUGCAGCAGCCAAGCCCUGCGUGUCCGUCCAUCCAUCCAGGCUGUCAUUUCCAUUAGACAGGCUGGGCUGCUGGGUCCGGUGUGUGCUUCUCCAUCUUCAGUUCAUCUUGCUGUUAACUUUACUUUUCCCAAGUUUGUGAAAUUUCUAAUUUUGUGGCAACUAUGUAGGAUCAUCUUCCCAGCACAUAUUUGCUAUUUUUACGACCUGGUUAAUCUUUUAAAUGUCUAUCAGCAGUUUUAUCGAAGGAGAGAGUUUGGCCUAUUGCUACCAACAGUUUAUGGAUGAGACUCUUAGGAGUUCCCUUUUAUUUACAGAGUUACUUUUACUCAUGCACAUACGUCCGUACAUGCUGCCCCACCCCCCACCCUGCCUGGCAUAUUCAGAUGAGAAUUUCUAGGGAGGAGCAUAGUUAUGUAAAUCAAUGUAGAUCUUCUUUGGAAACAGAACCCCAGGUCAAAAAGCCAGCUUCAGACUUUGCUAGAGUGCUUCCUAUACACAAAGCUCUGGGCUUGAUCCCCAGAGCUACAAGAACUGAAUAUUGUAGGGCAUACCUGUAAUCUCAACACUCCAGAAGUGGAGGCAGGAGGAUCAGAAGUUCAAGGUCAUCCUUGACUGCAUAGCCAGCCUGGGCUACAUGAGAUCACCUUUCAGAAAAGGGGUGAGUGGAAGCAGGGUGAUAUCUUAGCUAUUGGGAGGCUAGGGCAGGAAAAUCACUCAGACCCGGAGUUUAAGGACAACACAGCACUAGGCAAAGUAGACCUUUUCUCAGAAAUCAAACACCCAAACCAAAACUUGAGUCAGGGUGGGUGGGGAGAUUAGGGAUAGGAAGAUGAGGGAUGCAGGUUUUAUGUCCAAGGAAGACUUGGCUGUGCUGUUUGUUGUCCCUGUAUUUGGACACCCCGGUCCCAACAUGGCCCUUUGUGCUCAUACUGAAAGUAGCCUCUUCCAUCUCCAUGAGCAGCAGCGUGGGCCUCCCUCAGAGCUGGCAUUUGACGGAUGUGUCCACCUGGGGGCAGUUAGCUUCAAAAACAAAAUCAGCUGUUAUUAUCUAUUUGAAAUACACCCAAGGGGGACUUGGAAAAGGGUCAGCUGAUCUUGUUAAAAGACACGGGCUGCCUAAGGACCAGUUAGAGGGUGAAGGAUGUGGUUUUCUGUGUUUACAAGCAUGGCACACUUCAGAGACUUAAAAACAACCACAAAUGUUUUCAUACUUGAGGUGGACUUUUAAACAAAACAGCCGGUAAAAAGUCAUGUGACUCAUCCCUCAUAUCUGCUUGAGUACUGGGGAGGGCAGUGCAGGGAGAAAAAAGAAAAAAGGUCCACAGUGACAAGAUGAAAUUCUGUGAACUAAACUGGGGGACAUUAACCUCCAAAUAGAAAUUGCCAACAUUGAUGCCAAUGAGUUCAUUCCCAUUUGAUAGGCAAAACCAAAUUCAUUCAAGUUUUAAUGCAUUUUUUUUUUUGCCUUAACUUUCUACCCUGAGAUGUCAUGGUAAAUAUGCACUAUUCAAUACACAUGUUUUCCUCCUUGUAAAAAUAUUGCAUGACCCAAGUCCAGAAAUGAAUUGUGCCUCAUAGAGAAACUCUGUAGAUCUUAGAAACAGCGUUCCUUUAGUGGUGUGUCACCAUGUGGUGCAAGCUUUAGCUCCAGGCAGUGAGUAAUGUCUUUUCAAGCUAGAAAUCACAUUUUGUCAAUAUGCAUUUAUUAUAAUUGGUGCUUAGGUUAGGCUGCAUUUUGAGGCCUACUGUCUUAAGACUUUGUACAAAAACACAAACAGAAGUUAUUCGUGGGUUGGAGAAAUGGCUUGACAAUCAUUUGGACACUGAAUUUAGUCACAGUGGCUUAAUAUGAAAGUUGUAGCUGUAGACAUACUACUGUCAGGUUCAAGUGUCUUCAGGGGACAUGACCAGCACCAGCUUAGCGCUCUUCCACAGGGAAGUUAAUUUUGCAUUUUUGAGAAACACUGCAGAUGUUUCUGCAACAGUAUUAUGGUGGUAUCCAUGUGUGUGUUUUGUAUUGACUUCUUUUCAGUAUGAAAGGCUUAGAGUGGGCUCCAUCAUAAAUUUAUAGUUUUGUUUUUGGGGGGGGAGGGUAGUACUGGGACUCAAACCCAGCAUCUUGGACAUGCUAGGCAGGUCCUUCACGGUGGAUCUACAUCUCUGGCCUCAUCAUCUUUUGAGCUGUAUAUUUUUAAAGUAUCCUGUUCUCUAUGUUACAAAGCAUAGAAGAGGCAUGGUGGCUGUCCUUCCCUGCCUCACUGGCAGAAGAGACCCCAUGAAAAACCGGCCCUGCUAAAUGCAAUUGCUGUACGUAUGGGGGACAUGAAAUAAGUCCUUUAAGCGGUGUUUGCCAGUGGCCUCUUAGUCAUCACCAUUUCCACAACUUCUAGUGUAUGGAUACUCUCCAACAAGGAUAAAAUGUAGCUUGCACAGCUGGCAAAUUAAGAAAAUAUACUAGGCAGAGUAAAGUAUUUUUCUUUUAAUUAAAUGAGCCCCAAAAAGCUCUUAGUGCUCUAGAGAGUCAAAAUAUAAGGUUUUCUUCAACACAUGCUGGGGGCCAGAUACUUGUUAGUGAGGCAGUUAAAAGGGGGACCAGGCAUGGUGCCACGCACCUAUCAUCCUGGAGGCAGAGGCAGGGGACCAAAAGUUCAGGCCUGACUGGGCUGUACAGUGAUCCUGUCUUCAGAGUCUUAAGAGCUGGGGGGCAGGGGGUGACUCAGUAGUAGCACUUAUUCACCAUACACAAGGCAUUGGUGUCAAUCCCCAGCAUUGUAAAAAUAAAGAACAAAAAACCUAAAACCCAAGAGAAAUGGAAAGUGGUUUGGGAACACUAGGUGGUCUUGUUGACCCAUUUCUUUAGUUCUACUUUGCCAAAGUGUAGACAGCUUUUACCCGGCAGUAUCCCACACCAGUUCACCAUGUGAUUCCUCUCUUUGGAGACUGGUAACUUCCCUAAAUUCUGCACGCUCUGUGCUUGGUGCUCUAGUGUGGAUUCAAGCAUCUUCAGAACCAGACCAAAUUAGGAAGUGCAGAAGCACACAGUGCGUGUGGGAGCUCUGCUCUGGAGGGAGAUCCCUGUCUUUAGGAUUAUAAUUCAAACUAAACUUUCUCUCCAGCCAGCACCCCCUUUCUCCCCAUGCAGACUGGGCACUGCCUGUGCACAAAAAUGCUCAUUCUUUAAGCAGCCCGGAUGGACCACAGUAGACUGAAGCCCUCACUUGCAGCAAAGAUAGCUCAGGCUAGAAAGGGCCCCUCUGCUGCUCAUAGGCAUCGGGAACUGUGACAAAGUUCAGGGCAUGCUGAAUUGGUUCGGACCUUCUGCAGCUCACUUCCUACCAAAUUCCUUAAUCUCCAUUUCAGUUGGUGAUUUUAGGAAUCAGUCGUCCUGCUGUCUGUAAGUCUGUGACCCUCGCUCUCAGGUUUUUCUUCCUCUUGGGAAGAGAGAAUGUAGGUAUUGAAAGAGUAAAUGAUUCAGGCAAGGAAUUUAAAGAUGUAUAUAUUAUGAAGACUUUCAAGGGUAGGAGAAUACUAUUUACUUACUAAAGAACAGAUAAAGUCUGGGAAUCCCAUGACACCAAGCCAAAGGUCUAAGAAAUCAUCUUUUAAAAAGUUUUAAUAAGGAAGUUAUUUAAAGGAAACUAAUGUUCAAAAGGGUUUGACUGGCCUCCAGAUUCCAAUUAUUUUUAAAAAACAAUUUGCCAGGGCCGGGGAUGUAGCUCAGUUGGUGACACACUUGCUCAAGUCCCUGGAUUUCAUCCCCAGUACCGGGGGAACAAAGCAAGCAUUUGCUACUAAAUUCUUCAGGGUUCCAUUGGAUAGUAAAAGGAAACAAAUUGCAGAAGCAGCACUUCUUCCUCUCUGUUUGUUCUGUUCUAAAACAGAAUACACAGCACAGGCAAGCACUUGGCAUUGCCAGGACUAAAGAUUACACUUCUGGUAGUUCCCAUCCAGAUGCUGCAGCCCCCUCUAUGCCUGUCAGCAUGUGGUUAGAUCUGGACAAAUAAGAUUCCUGAGGAAUGAGUUUCUUAACUAUACUAUGGUUUCAGCUUUAUGUAAACGCAUAUAUUCUGGCUAUAGUUCCAAUAUAUGGAGAUGCUGCUGCAAUGCUGGCCUUAUGUAGUCUGUAUGAUGCUUUAACUGCUCAGAAGAGGCCAAGCAUGGGCUGGGGUAUGGCCUGACCCUUCCCUAUAUGGAGUCUUCAGUACCAAUUGUCAAGAUGCCUUUUUGUGGUAUCUGAAUAUGCUCAACAAAAGUGCUUCCUCUUCCCAUAAGCAACUGACUAUAUUUGUGAAUAAUUUUCAAAUUGACACAUAUAAAUUUGAACUCUGGAACCACAUCUGAUCCAGAUACAGGGCAGCAUCUAGGUCAUACCUGCAGCCUCAGCUUCAUCCUUUGCAACCCUUGGGACAGGAUUCGGGCAUUCUGUGAAGUCCCCAAGGCAGCAGUCAGCUUUCCAGUAUUGCUGUUAGCGAGUCUGUGUUUGCCAGUAGAGACCCGCUGUACGUAUUAAUGUGCCAAGUGUGUAUUGCACAUCUGCUUCCACUGUGUCCCCCGGGGCCCUGAAGUGUGUGAGGACUCCCUCACUGGGUGGGGGUUACACACUGCAUUGACUCCUAUUGUAUGGAAUAAUCAUCCUCAUAGAUUUUUAUACACAUAGUAAUUUCCCUUUUAUAUGUCAGGUAAAUAUUUGUAAAAGUUAUACUCACACAAAAGAAUUAUUAUGAUAAUUACUAAUAUAUUUUUUCCAUGUUUCAUUGCCUGAAUAAAAACUGUUUACCACUGUUAAA